AACAGAUAGAGGGAUGAGUGAAUGAAUGAAUGAACGGAUCCCGAGCUGGGCUUCUUCCAGAGUACCGAACCGGUGAGAAGACACAAACAACGAUUUGGACGUCACUCCGCGCUGUGCUGACCCAGUAGAAGUCAGUAGAGUCCAGUGAAGGCCUGGCUGCAUCAGCAGAGAUGGCUCCAGCAGCCAUGUCUGUGCAUCCAUCCCCUCUCACCUCCCUCCACUGCUCCCGCCUCUCCUCAACCCUCCUGUUCUUCCUCCUGUCUGCCUUUCUCCUCCUGUCAUGUCCUGGAUCAGUGCACGCAGGCUCAGUUGAGAAAAACUGCUCAGCCAGUGGAGACCCCUGUCAAGAAGGAGUGGUAUUGCCCGUGUGGAACCCUCAGAACCCCUCUGUAGGGGACAAAGUGGCGCGGGCCAUUGUUUACUUCGUAGCACUCAUCUAUAUGUUCCUGGGCAUGAGCAUUAUAGCUGACCGAUUCAUGUCUUCUAUAGAGGUCAUCACAUCCCAGGAGAAGGAGAUCACUAUAAAAAGACCUAACGGUGAGACCACCACCGCCACGGUCAGGAUCUGGAAUGAGACCGUCUCUAAUCUCACUCUGAUGGCUUUGGGUUCCAGCGCCCCCGAGAUACUGCUGUCAGUUAUUGAGGUGUGUGGUCACGGUUUUGAGGCGGGCUCUUUGGGUCCCAGCACCAUUGUGGGCAGCGCUGCCUUUAACAUGUUCAUCAUCAUCGCCCUGUGUGUGUACGUGGUCCCCGACGGAGAGACGCGCAAAAUCAAACACCUUCGGGUGUUCUUCGUCACGGCAGCCUGGAGUAUCUUUGCCUACAUCUGGCUUUAUCUGAUUCUGAGUGUCUCUUCCCCUGGAGAGGUGGAGGUAUGGGAGGCGGUGUUGACCUUCCUCUUCUUCCCGCUCUGCGUGGUCCAGGCUUGGGUGGCCGACCGUCGCCUCCUCUUCUACAAGUACGUCCGCAAGCGUUACCGUGCUGACAAGCACCGAGGCAUCAUCAUUGAGACGGAGGGAGGGGCGGAUGGAGGUUUGGGUAUGGCUGGAGGAGGAGCACUUGGUCCUGGGGGGUUCACCAAGAUGGACAUGCUGGAGCUGGACGGACAGAUGGCGUUGAACUGUCACAGUGGGAUGGACGGCGGGUUGAUGGAAGAAGGGGGAGCGAAGGACGAGGAGGACGAGGCCAGAAGGGACAUGGCGAGGACACUGAAGGACCUGAAGCAGAGACACCCAGAUAAAGACAUGGAGCAACUGAUUGAAAUGGCCAACUAUCAGGUCCUGAUGCAGCAGCAGAAGAGCAGGGCGUUCUACCGUAUCCAGGCAACCAGGAUGAUGAUCGGAGCUGGCAACAUCCUCAAGAAGCACGCUGCUGACCAGGCUCGCAAGGUGGUGAGCAGCCAUGAGACCCAGGCCCAGGAGGACGACCCUCACACCAUCAGGAUGGAGUUUGAACCCUCCUUAUACCAGUGCUUUGAAAACUGUGGCUCCUUGAAACUGACCGUUGCCAGACAUGGAGGAGACUCUGGAGUUACUGUCAAGGUGGAUUAUCGCACAGAGGACGGCACGGCAAACGCAGGUUCAGAUUAUGAGUUUGCAGAGGGAACACUGCUGUUUAAACCAGGAGAGACCCUCAAAGAGAUCACAGUCGGAGUGAUUGACGACGACAUCUUUGAGGAGGAUGAGUAUUUCUAUGUCCAUCUCAGUAACCCUCGAGUGGUCGGCUAUCCUGAGAUUGGCACCGCCCCGCUGGAUGCCAGUGCCACCCCCAAAGCCGUACUGGGUGAUAACCACACUGCCACAGUGACCAUCUACGAUGACGAUCACGCAGGUAUCUUUACCUUUGAGAGUGCCAGUCAGAGGGUAAGUGAGAGCGUAGGUGUGAUGGAGGUGAAGGUACUGAGGACUUCGGGGGCCCGAGGCCUGGUGGCUGUCCCCUACCGAACAGUGGAUGCCAGUGCCAAAGCAGGGGAGGACUACGAACUGGCAGCUGGUAAACUGGAGUUUCAGAAUGACGAGACCAUGAAAAUCAUUGAGGUGAAGAUCAUUGAUGAUGAAGAGUAUGAGAAGAACAAGACCUUCACCAUCGAGCUGGGAGAGCCCAUUCUGCUGGAGAUAGGACAGAAACACGGUGACUCCAAUGAGAACAAACCGUUGGUGGGAGCAGAGGAGGAAGAGGUGGCCAAGAUGGGCUGUCCCAGUCUGGGCGAACACACACAAGUUGAGGUGGUCAUAGAAGAGUCCUACGAGUUCAAGAGUACGGUAGAUAAGUUGAUCAAGAAGACAAACCUGGCCUUGGUGGUGGGGAGCAGCAGCUGGAGGGAGCAGUUUGUCAGUGCCGUUACUGUCAGCGCAGGAGAUGACGAUGAGGAGGAGAGUGGAGAGGAGCGGCUGCCAUCCUGCUUUGACUACAUCAUGCACUUCCUGACCGUCUUCUGGAAGGUUCUGUUCGCCUUUGUCCCGCCCACGGAGUACUGGAAUGGCUGGGCCUGCUUCAUUGUCUCUAUAUCGCUUAUCGGCGUCCUGACGGCGGUCACCGGCGAUCUGGCGUCACACUUUGGCUGCACGAUAGGACUGAAGGACUCGGUGACGGCUGUGGUGUUUGUGGCGCUGGGAACAUCGGUGCCAGACACUUUUGCCAGCAAAGUUGCCGCCAUCCAGGAUCAAUACGCUGACGCCUCCAUCGGCAACGUCACCGGCUCAAACGCCGUCAACGUUUUCCUCGGCAUCGGCGUGGCUUGGACCAUCGCCGCCAUUGCAUGGCGCUCCAAGGGUAAGGCGUUCAAGGUGGACCCUGGAAACCUGGCUUUCUCCGUCACCCUCUUCACCAUUCUGGCCAUGUUGUGCGUAGUCACGCUGCUGUACCGGCGGCGGGCCACAGUGGCCGGUGGCGAGCUGGGCGGGCCACGGACUUGCAAGAUAAUAACGUCACUGCUAUUCGUGUCAAUGUGGCUGAUUUACAUCCUGCUGGCUUCACUGGAGGCCUACUGCCAUAUACCAGGGUUUUAAAUGGAGAGGAGAGGGGAGGGAGAGAGACCCACUGCCAAUAUGAAGAGAGAGAGAGAGAGAGAGGGAUGGAGGAGGCUCUGAAGAUGGACGGAAGGACGAAAGAUUGGGAGCAGAACUGGAGCGAUAUGGAUACCUUUCAGUUUACUCUUUAACGUCCAAAAGAAUUUUCAGGGUUUCAGAUAAAUUUAUUUUUCUUUUUGUAUUUAUUUAUUUACUUUAAAAUCACUUUAAUUAUAUCCAAACAUUUUUUUUGCAUUAGCAGUUUUUUGUAAAUCAAAGAUGACACCCAGUGUAUCCAGUAAACCCUCUAAAUUAAGAAUUAUUCAAACAGGAAAAACUAAUGAGAAAAUAGUCUUGAAAGAGCGCUUUUAUUUUGUUACCUCUAUCAUCCAUCCUCACUGGUGGACAAAGCGGAUAUCAUUCCAGUAUAAUGCCAAACCAGCAGGAGAGAAGCAGAGACAAAUGGCAAAGAAAGCUUUACCCUGCCUCUUUGGGAAAAAAAACAAAGAUGAAGUGGAGGGAUAGGGGUGAAAGAUAAAAGUGGAAAAGUUAAGACAGGAGGCUGCAGGCAACAACACAAGAGAAAGAUAAAGUCGACGGGGAGACUGAAGAAAAUUGACAUGGAAAUAAGUAAAAGAAGAAGAACCGAUGGGAAAAAAUAUUCUACACCCCGCCCUCGCUCCCUUCCCCACUCCGUCUAUCUUUACUUUAUCUUUAUCUUGUCAUCACAGGAACAAUAGAUGCUCCCAUUAUACCCACUGAACUCUAAUACUACCAGUGACUAAUUACCUUUGACCCCUCCUCCCACACACAACCACGCACUUUGGGGCCCUCAGGUGAAUCUACAGUGGAGGACCACUCACCAACUUGCGGGCAAACAGGCAAGAUAAAAACUGACAACUGAAUUUUUUUUCCCUUUUUUUCUUGAAUUCACUGUGCGAAAUAGUCCUCACAACACACACACACACUCUGCAGACUGUACACACUUCUCCAUCCCUCCCUCUUGCCUUAUCUCCCCUGUAGGAAUUGUCUUAAAGUUGUGAUAAUGAAACGCUGUAGUCACCACCAACCAACCCUCUUUUUUUAAUCGAGCCAAUCCCAAGUCCCUCUCCUUUUACGCCAAUCAACAGCCUCGUUUAUCCCAAGACGGAUCUCCUGUUAUUUUUUUUCUAAACUUUUCAAUGGCGUCACGUAUUGAUGUUGUUACCGUGCAAUUGUAAAAUAAAUAAAUAAAUAAAUAAGAGACAUAUAAAUAUAGUAUGGAGACAUGGAAUUACAGAACCAGAUAGUUUGGAGGAUGGAUUGUAAUAUGGAGGAUCACGUGAUGGAUUAUUACCAGGAAGAAAUCUCAGAUGGAGUCAGAUGGAGAAGCAAAGAAAUGUUUGAUAAGCGGAAUGAAGAUUGGAAACGUCCGGAAAACCUGCAAGCAGUCCACCUAGUAAUAGUUGUCUUUCUUGCAAUGACGAAGCGUCGUGCACUACACGUUGUGCUGUUUACACUCUAAUGUUACAUUAAAUGUCGAAGAAACAAACGAGAAUAAGCAGGAAGUGAACUACGAGACAUCAACAAACAAGAUUGGACCAAUGUGAUGAAGGAUCUCACUGACUGUGACUAAAAAGGUGGCGAUGAUGAUGGUGUUGUUGAUGACAAAUCAGAACUAUGACCAUACCCAGUGUUUCUAAUUGUACAUGGUAAUAUAAGAAACUUUUAUUGAUGUUCGUGAGAAAACACGGAUUUAUGUGAAAUCCCCCUCUUUGUAUGGAAAACCCUGAUGGAUGAAAAGGAAGAUCUAUGUGCCCUUUUUCCACCGUUCAAGAAAACAUGUUGAAAAAAUCCAAAGCGAUGGAAAAAAAGGCUGUAGGAUGGCAAAUACAAAACCUGAGAUUAUUCACAGACAGAAGAGUUGAACACUCUGAGGGAAAUGUAUGGCAGCUCUGAAAUAUCACACGACUGUUUGGCAGCAGUUGUAACAUUUCUUUGUACACAAAUCACAAAGUCCUCUGUUAUCCAAAGAUUUAGAGCACUGUCACAGAUCACCAUUCAUUUUGCGGUGUGCAGUUUUACCUCGCAGGCGUUGUAAAAGUCCCACAAGCUGCCAGCUGUUGUUAAAAAACUGGUAAAUUUAAAUUUAUGAAGGUGUUCACACUACAGAUAGUGUUUAACCAUUGGUAUUUUGUAUUGGCCUGUAUCAAAAGCUUUGCUAUUUAUUUUGUUUGGUGUUGAUCCAGGCAUGGUGUGCGUGAAAGUGAUAUCAGGAUAGCUUAAAAUGAGAAUAUUAUGCCACAUAUCGUACAAAAUCAUCCAUUUUCAUAUUGUUUGUGCUGAAUCCAGAUUGAAAUUAUAUCUGUGUUGAUACCCCGGCUUUGCCCAGGGGUUCAGACUAAAGCUGGACAGAAGGGAUAGAUUACGGUUUGUCAGUGGAAAUAACUAUUAAGUUUAUUCCAAUUGUUAACAACAGCAUAGAAGGAAAGACUCAACCAUUUCCCCCUCAACUGCUCACAAAGCUCACUGUAAACUUCGAGGAAAAUCCUCAAAGAAAACAAUAAUUUAGCUUUUUGUUCACUAAGAGAAAAUUGUACUGAAAACAACAAUUUACCUGCCCACCAUCCGCUUUGUUAAAUAUGGACAAAUUACCAGCCACUUUCAGCUCAGUGUAAAUGAAGGCUUUACCAAGCCAGCUCAGUCGUGACCUGACUAAACACAACACAACAGUAGCUUGUCCGGUGCAGCCUUGGCAGAGCCGGGGCUUGCACAAAUACAAGAUAAGUGGCAAUUUGGAGUAUAGGGGCAUUGAUCCGCUGGGGUGAAAAUGCUUGUAUGUCACCCUUUCCUUGCACUU